GGUAGAUUUUCUAGGAAUUAACAGGGCGAAUGACGAUUCGCGUUUAUUACAACAGUAAAGUUUUUACCUGCGCCGUAAUUUUCCCGGAAGCAGACCAAAAUAAAAACGCAAAACGUAGUGUGACCAACAGAGGGCAUAAGUGCUACAAUCGGCGCUAGGCUCGGACCGAUGAAGAAGAAGUAGAGGAAGACCAGCAUUAAAAACAGCAACAUCAGAAUCGUUUCUACGACCUCCAGAUGAGAGAUACGACUUUAUUUCGGCUUUAACGAAGUUCUGAGUUUCACUCGGCAGGAUGUCGUUUCCGUCCACGUUCGGUGCGCAGGUCACAGCCAUCAUGAACGUGUUGGCCAGAUCUGCGGUGGCUGAGAUAACGAAGCUGGUGGAAGACGGGAGUGUGGUCCUCCGUCUGGAGAUGCGUCAGAAGGACAACGAGAUCCAGGAGCUGCAGAGAAGUUUGAAGAUGAUGGAGGUUGAACUGUGCAAAGCUCAGGAGGCGUUCAUCACCCGAGCAGCGGAGAAGAAGACCGAGCAGAUGACAGUGGGAACACAGGUUUCAACUCAGGAUGUAAAGGUAGAGGAGCAACAGUUUGCAGGACAUCUGGUUCCAAGUCCUGAUUCACUCAGCAAAUGUGGACAAGAGGCAGAAGAGAGUGAUGGAAUGAAGCUCAGGGUGAAAUGUGAACCAGCGGAUGAUCUUCAAGUCCAUGAAACAUCUGACAACAUCAUGUCGGCCGCAGCCACAGUUCGGUUAGAACCAAAGGAUCCAGAUGAACCCAUUUGGUCGUUAGCUGUUUGCGGUGUGUUUGAGGACGGCUUGGCACCAACGCAGCAGCAGAUGUUCCCCACUAACACUGAGCAGCUUUCCGCCCACAGAAGUACAGAAUAUUCUUAUCACUCCCCGAACAAUACAGCACUGGAAAUCACAGACGAUUCAUUCGGUGUGCCCAAAGUGAAGGUCGAGGUCCCACCUGUGUGCGUGUUGAGUGCCGUUUUAGAGUCUGUACAUAAUCAACCACAGCGGCAUGCUUCACAGCCUGUAGUCAGUGAGAGUCAAUACUCACCAUCAUUUCUCCAACAUACUAGGCUGUCAACGGCUUUACCCCAGACCCACAGAUCUACCACAGUCACUGCAGACGGCAUGAACAACCUGAGAGUGAAGCGGGUGAUGUCUGCAUGUAAAGUGAACCAGAAAUUCUUCACCUGUUCUGUGUGCAACAAGAGCUUUCCUCGUGUGUCUCAGCUGGAGGAGCACAGAGCAGUGCACCAGAUCUCCAAGCCCUUCAGGUGCCUCGAGUGUGGGAAGAUGUUUACCCAGAAAACCCGGCUGAAAUCGCACCAAAGUGUGCACACGGGAGAGAGACCAUUCAGUUGUAAAAUUUGCGGUAAGAUGUUUUCGCGGCAGGACAACUGCAUCAGACACGAACGCUUCCACACCGGCCAGAAGCCGUUCAGCUGUGGACUGUGUGGGAAGAGCUUCACGGUGCAGGCUAACCUCAAAAUCCAUCAAGAGAUUCACCUGCAGGGAAGAUUUGGCUGCUGCUGUCGCCGAUCUUCCUUCACCGUAAAGAUGUUGAGCAGCGUCGCUCUGCGGACUCGCAUCACCUCCAUCAUCGAAGCCCUGUCAAAGGCUGCCGUGGCGGAGAUCUCCAAAGUGGUGGAGGACGACAUGGUGGUGCUGCGGCUGGAGGUGUGCCAGCGGGAGAACGAGAUCGAGAAGCUGAAGAGCAACAUCGAGGUCCUUCACACGGAGCUGAGAGCAGCUCAGGACAGAGCCGUGACCCAGAGACCCGAGAGCCGCGGAGCGGAGGGUGGUCAGAAAGGACCUGUGGUCCAGAGGACUUUACCAGAACGUGUAUUUGCCAUAAAGGACAACAGCAGCCUGUCAGUGCCUGUGGUCAAAGUCAAACCUGAACUUGUGGAACAUGCAGGUAGUGAGCUAAGAGGACCAACCAAUCAGGUCGGAGCAGAGGCGGCCCUGUAUGAGGGCAACCGUGGACCGUGGAGGUCCGCAACGCAAAGCGAGGAGGGACACAACAACUCAAACUUUUUAAACGUACGACACAACUCCCUGACGUGUCUCCCAGAAUCCUCCAUCAAUCCCACUCUCACUGUGUCGUGCAGCAGCAGCUCCGUCGGGUUCCAGCCCAGUCCGUUCAGCCGCGGGCUGCUGGGCAACAGUCAGUACCGUAACCUGUACAACACUGUGCGCAGGAGGACGGUGAAGAGGCUGAUGUUUAAGAAGGGCUUCAUCUGUCCGUACUGCGGCAAAUGUUUUGAACGUGCCGGUCACCUGGAGAGACACAAAAGGAUUCACACGGGGGAGAAACCAUACCGGUGUGACAUUUGCGGGAGACGCUUCAAUCAGAAGUGCAGCCUGAAGGAGCACACCAAGAUCCAUCGAAGAAAUCUUCAGCCCAGACCAGUGGAGGUCCAGGCAGCUGAGGAGAAGAAGAUUUUCGAAGCGUUUCCGCGCAUGGACACGAAGCACUGUGAAGAAGAGAACAAGAAGAAGGUGGAAGAACUCCUGCCGAACAACGACGUGAUUCCACCAACACCUGUACAGGUCAAAUCUGAACCUGUGGAGGAGAAUGUAACACAAUCAGCGCCCCCUGGAGGAAAUGAACAGAUGACAGGGAAGGAGGAGGAAAGAGUUGACAACCACGUAGAGAACUUGACAGCCUUAAAGAGAGACAGCCAGCCCUGGAUGUCCAGAGUACCAGGACAGAACAACACAGACAUGAACAGUGUGGAAUAUCUCAGCAGCCCAACCCAGAGUGUGACCUACCCCCGGAUAGGGCAGUUGCUCUCUCCGACGGUCCAACCUUCCUGCAGCACCUACCCUUUUCCUGGCAAACCUUAUGGAGAGCUCAACAACAACAUGAUGUCCCAAAACCACUACGGAUCUUUGGACACACUUUUGAUUCCCAGCGACGCGGGUUUGCACGGAAUGUCCGAGGGAAUGCUGAACCACCAGCGUCCGAGGAGAGGCCGACCUCUGCAGACAUUCAAACCAAAGAAAAGCUUCAUCUGCACGUACUGCGGCAAGAUAUUCGAGCGCUCGGGCCACCUGGAACGGCAUUUACGAAUUCACACUGGGGAGAAACCUUAUGGAUGUCACAUCUGCGGGAGAUGCUUCAAUCAGAAGAGUAGCCUGAAGGGCCACAUGAAGACACAUGUACAGAGGGAGAAUACAGAUGUGCUGGAGACUCAUCACCUGAUGUUCACGAUGUCAGACGAUCACCAACUAGAAAGCCUGGCCGAGUCGAAGCCUGAGCUGAAGGUUUUUGAAGAACAGUUAGCAGGCAGAGAGACUCACGCUGAACAAACGGUUCUGGUGAAAGUGGAACCCAACAGAACCAACUUCCAGACCCUGGUGGGCCAGACGCAGCUUGACAAUGGCACUGUGGUUCCAGACCAAAGUGAGCCGUGGACAUCUGGGAUGGAGGGCGGCAACGCUGCACGGACGGUCCAUAUGAUGUCACAUGACGUCCAGUAUCACCUCAGUCCCCCCGCAGCCAAUGAGCAGCAGGGGUUUCCAUGUAAAUCACCAGUCAAGGAUCUGGCUUUUGUAAACGACGGCAGCCAGGACGAAGUUUUGCACAGAGGUCAGUUUUCAAUGAUGGCGCCGCAGAGGAGCACAGACGUGACUCUAACAGCUGACUUCCAGGAACAUCACCUGAAACAGGAAGUGGUUGUGAAUGACUACAGCACAGCCGCUCACGACGGGGUCCGGGAGGGAUUCGAUUUCACUAUGACUUCCUCAGAAAACCAGGAGGAGCGCUGUGGCUCGGAUCCCGUCAGACAGAACAGCUUCAUUUGCUCCGCGUGUGGGCAAAGCUUUGACAGUUUUGGUUUGUUUCAGCUGCACCAGUGUCAGAACGUCAUCGAUUGGAACCAAAUAGAUCCUCACCGCCUCCCUAGUUUUGCUGUUUUUCCAUCGCGCCUCUACUGUUGUUUUUACGGUAAAUUACUUCGCCACACGGAAGAAAGGCUUCUGUUAGCCAUAGCUAGGUGUACUGAUCUCUCCUCGAUCAUGGAGGUGCUGGUGAAGGCAGCGGUGAUGGAGAUCUCCAAACUGGUCGAUGACAAAUGUGCGUUUCUGCAUCUGGAGAUCAGCAGAAAGCAGAGCGAGAUCGAGAUGCUGAGGAGGAAAGUGUUGACGACGGAGAGCAGAAAUGCGCAGCUUCAGCGGGGAUUUGAAAAUUACAUGAACCGAGGAACUGACGGGAGAACUAACUGUCCACAUCCCGCAGGAGACAUGAAGUUUUCAGAGAUUGAAGACGCAACAGUUACCUUCACAAUAAAAGAAGAAAGUCCAGAUGAACAGAUAUGGAUCAGAAAUACCAGUGGUCCAAUCGGUGGUUCUGUGCAGUACGCUAAUCCAGGAAACGCUCCAGAAAGACAGCACCUUGAGGAGACAUCAGACUUUGGAGACCUGUGUGACUCUAGUCAAAAUCCUGUAGAUGUCACUGUUCAACAUUUCACUGUCAAGACUGAGAAAGAGGAGAACCAUUCAGGGUUUAACCAAGAUGGUUGCCAGCACAGUGCUGGAAAGCAUACUCAGUUGAGUGCAGAGUUUUCCAUGGAUGACAGAGAACAUCAGCUGUGGUCAUCUAUAAUGGAAAUUAAUCAAAUUGAUGCUGGUUUCCCAGACUUUUCUAGUAUGGUAGAUGAAUAUUCCAACACCUUUCCGGAGCAUGCAGACCAUAAUGUGGUUUCUAAUGAGAGCAAGUCAAAUGCUAGUGUCUCACAAUCGUCUACUCAGAGGCAGUGUAAUGGGAUAUACAAUGGUGAUUUUCAGAAGGAUGUUGCACCGUCGUCCGUUUUCCAGGGCAGAGCUCAGGGUGGACUUCUACAGCAAGAAAGACAGAGAGAGCAGCAUAUUUUUCAGCAGAGAAACUCGUUGCAAGUUGCAAACCUGAGGCAGCCAAGUGAAAACUCUGAGAGCUCCACAGCUACAGAAAAACCUCAGUCACAGAACACCUUCACAUCAGGCAGCUACCAAACCUCCACACAACAGAAAACUCAGUCUGGCACAGCACGGGGGUAUGUCUGCUCCCUGUGUGGAAAGACGUACAGCUUCUUGCACCAGUUUAAAAUGCACCAGCAUGACCACAAGAGAAAGCGAGCCUUCUGGUGCGCGGUGUGUGGAAAGACCUUCCAGUGCUCCUCCCAUCUCAGCAUUCACCACCGGACACACACCGGUGAAAAGCCGUACAGCUGCAGUCAGUGCGGCAAGAGGUUCACGCAGCAGAGCAGCCUGAGGGUCCACCAGCGGGCACACAGUGGUGAGCGGCCCUACAGCUGUACGCAGUGUGGGAAAACUUUUAUUCUCAUGCACCAUUUGAAACGGCACAGAAUUGUUCACAGCUAGAGCUGAGGGCAGACUGACUGCCGCACCAACACAGAAGAAAUUCAAAGACUGAACAGCUCAACAUUUCUGGAUUUGUUUACUGGUUUUCUACGUAACUGCAUGGUCUGCUUUGCAAAAUGCAUCUUGAUAAACUGUAUUAAUCCUUCAAAAAUAAAUUAUAUAUUUUUCAUCA